UGGCACGAACUACGCGAGACGACAUCGACGACGCAGACAAAUUUACAGCUCCCUCCUCUCUCUCUCCUCCCCUCCCCUUCUGACAUUAUCGGCGUCUUUCUCGGCUGUUCGACUGAGACGAUCCCCAAUCCAAGAUCGAGAUCGGUAUUCCCACCGGUAGCAUUCUGAUUUGACGUUCGGCGAAGAAGGAGAAGCAGUGAUGGGGGAGAGUCGCGGUGGUGGUUGCUGUCCGCCGAUGGAUCUGAUGCGGUCGGAGCCGAUGCAACUUGUUCAGCUCAUUAUUCCCGUGGAAUCUGCCCAUCUCACCGUCUCUUACCUUGGGGAUCUCGGCCUCGUCCAGUUCAAAGAUCUCAACUCAGAUAAGAGCCCAUUUCAGCGUACUUAUGCUGCUCAGAUAAAAAGAUGUGGGGAGAUGGCCCGAAAGGUACGAUUCUUCAAGGAGCAAAUGUCAAAGGCUGGAGUCUCCCCCAAAAUAAUACUGGAGAAAGGAGAUGAUCUCGACUUUGAUGAUCUAGAGGUAAAACUUGGAGACUUAGAGGCUGAACUGGUUGAAAUCAAUGCAAAUAACGACAAAUUGCAGCGUUCUUAUAAUGAACUUGUGGAGUACAAGAUGGUCCUUCAAAAGGCUGGUGAGUUUUUUUCUUAUGCCCAUCAAAGUGCUACAGCUCAUCACCAAGAGAUGGAAUCACGUCAAGCAGGUGAAGACGCCCUGGAGGUUCCAUUGUUGCAGGAAGAGAAGUCUGUUGAUUCAUCAAAGCAAGUGAAGCUUGGAUUUCUGACUGGCCUCGUGCCUCGUGAGAAGUCAAUGUUGUUUGAGAGGAUCCUCUUUCGUGCAACUAGGGGUAACAUCUUUAUCCGGCAGUCUGUUGUUGAGGAGCCUGUUGUUGAUCCCGUCUCAGGAGAAAAGACUGAGAAAAAUGUAUUUGUUGUCUUCUAUUCCGGGGAAAGAGCAAAAAGCAAGAUCCUUAAAAUAUGUGAAGCUUUUGGGGCCAACCGCUAUCCUUUCAGUGAGGACCUUGGCAAGCAAGCCCAAAUGAUGACUGAGGUUUCCGGUAAAUUGGCGGAGAUUAAUACCACAAUUGACGCUGGGCUGGGUCACCGGAACAAUCUGCUAGAGAUCAUUGCGGAUAAGUUUGAGCAAUGGAAUGUCAAGGUCCGCAAAGAAAAAGCCAUCUAUCAUACUUUGAACAUGCUUAGUCUUGAUGUGACAAAGAAGUGUCUCGUGGCCGAGGGAUGGAGUCCAGUCUUUGCAGCAAAUGAUAUUCAAGAUGCGUUGCAGCGUGGUGCAGUUGACUCCAACUCUCAAGUUGGGUCCAUUUUCCAAGUCCUGAGGACCAAAGAGUCGCCCCCAACUUAUUUUCGCACAAACAAAUUUACUUCCGCAUUCCAGGAAAUUGUUGAUGCGUAUGGGAUCGCCAAGUAUCAGGAAGCCAAUCCUGGUGUAUACACAAUUGUUACCUUCCCUUUUCUCUUUGCUGUUAUGUUUGGUGAUUGGGGACAUGGAAUAUGUUUGCUGCUUGCAACUUUGUAUUUUAUAGUGAGAGAGAAGAAACUCUCCAGCCAGAAACUCGGGGAUAUUACAGAAAUGACUUUCGGUGGCCGUUAUGUUAUUUUCAUGAUGUCACUCUUCUCAAUAUUCACCGGUUUAAUCUACAAUGAAUUCUUCUCUGUGCCAUUCCCAUUAUUUGCUCCUUCGGCAUAUGACUGCCGUGAUACCUCUUGCAGUGAGGCUACUACAAUCGGUUUGAUCAAGGUUCGAGACACUUAUCCAUUUGGUGUAGACCCCGUAUGGCAUGGUACUCGCAGUGAGUUGCCGUUCCUCAAUUCACUGAAGAUGAAAAUGUCAAUCCUUCUCGGAGUCGCUCAAAUGAACCUGGGGAUCAUAAUGAGCUACUUUAAUGCGAAAUUCUUUGGAAUUGGUGUGAACAUAUGGUUCCAGUUCAUUCCCCAGAUGAUAUUCUUGAACAGCUUGUUUGGAUAUCUCUCGGUCCUCAUCAUCAUCAAGUGGUGCACCGGUUCUCAAGCGGAUUUGUACCACGUUAUGAUAUACAUGUUCCUGAGCCCGACUGACGAGUUAGGGGAGAACCAGGUCUUCCCUUAUCAGAAAACAGUGCAGCUUGUGCUUCUCUUGCUGGCUCUUGUUUCUGUUCCGUGGAUGUUGCUGCCAAAGCCUUUCAUUUUGAAGAAACAGCAUGAAACUAGGCACCAAGGGCAUUCGUACGCGCAACUUGAGGAGACAGACGACAACAGUCUACAAGUGGAAACAAGUGAAGAAUCGCACGAGCAUGAGGAGUUUGAGUUCAGUGAAAUAUUUGUUCACCAACUCAUUCACACCAUCGAGUUUGUGCUUGGUGCUGUCUCCAACACUGCCUCUUACCUUCGUUUAUGGGCUCUCAGUCUGGCCCAUUCGGAGUUGUCAUCUGUGUUCUACGAGAAGGUCCUCCUCCUCGCUUGGGGAUUCAACAACGUGAUAAUACUGGUGGUGGGGAUAAUAGUGUUCAUAUUUGCGACGGUGGGAGUGUUGCUGGUGAUGGAGACGCUGAGCGCGUUCCUCCACGCCCUUCGUCUGCACUGGGUGGAGUUCCAGAACAAGUUCUACGAGGGCGAUGGCUACAAAUUCUCUCCUUUCUCCUUCGCCCUCGUCUCCUCCGAAGACGACUGCUGAUGGUCCCUCCUCCUCCCGUGUGCAUAAAAGGUAUGGACCGACUUCCUCCUAUUUUAAAAAAACAAAAAAUAUUUGGAUAUUAUUUUUCAAAACCAAAUAAAUUAUCGGAGAUGAGGCCAGUCAAGCCCCAUUUGUCUUUGUUUUUCUUUUUGUGUUUGGUUAAGAAAAUAAUAAAUAAGUAAAUCGCCGUCUAAACGUUUCAUUCGUUUGUCUUGCGCUUGGUAUUCUUUGGGCGAAGCGAAUCCCCCUAAUAUUUAUCAAUCCGUUUUUGUUAUU